AUGGCUAAUAACGAUAUGAAAAGAACGGAUUUAAGUAGAUGGCGACUAAAAGUUGAUCGAGGAAGACAGACAUGGCAUUAUUUAGAUGAAGAUGAGAUUAAAAAUUGUCCUCAAUCUUUCAUUGAAAAGUAUUGGAUUGGAUUGCCUUUUGAUUCGAAAACAUUUCAAAAGCCAAAAACAGCUUUCGAAGCAGCUCAAAAUGGGUUCGAAUUUUUCAAACAAUUACAAACUUCCGAUGGUCAUUGGGCAUGUGAAUAUAGCGGACUGACGUUUUUGGCACCAAUACUUAUUAUUACUAUGUAUAUUACGCAAAUUCCUAUCCCCGAAGCUUGGAGAAUAGAAAUUAUUAGAUAUUUGACAAAUAAAGCAAAUCCUAUUGAUGGAGGAUGGGGGUUGCAUAUCGAACAUCACUCAACAGUAUUUGGGACUACUUUGAGUUAUAUUGCGCUUCGUAUCUUGGGUCUUGAUCCAGAUCAUCCAGUGAUGGUAAAGAGUAGAGCAACUUUGCACAAACUUGGAGGCGCAAUUGGAAUUCCUUCAUGGGGAAAAUUUUGGUUGGCAAGUUUAAAUGUAUAUGACUGGACAGGGCUUAAUCCAAUUCCACCAGAACUAUGGCUUCUUCCAGAUUAUUUACCAAUUCAUCCGAGUCGUUAUUAUGUUCAUAAUCGUGCAGUAUUCCUUCCAAUGGGGUACUGUUAUGGGCGUAGAUUAAGUGCCAAAAUUACUCCACUAAUUGAGGAACUUAGGCAGGAACUAUAUGUUCAGCCAUUUGAGACAAUUAAUUGGUCUAAAGCUCGAAAUAAUAUUGCUAUGGUUGACCUUUACGUUCCGCAUACUAAAUUAUUAAAGUUAUGCAAUUAUAUGUUAAAUCUUUAUGAAAAACUUCCUGAUUUUCUUCAACUUCGAGAUAUUGCUGCUCAAAAGUGUUACGAAUUAAUUACACUUGAAAAUGAAAAUACUAAUUAUAUUAAUAUUGGUCCCGUCGCCAAAGCCUUGUAUGUUCUUUGUACAUACUACUUGGAAGGGCCUGAUUCUGAAGCAUUCAAACUGCACAAAGAAAGAAUAAUUGAUUAUAUGUGGUUAGGUUCGGAAGGAAUUAUGAUGGGUGUUACAAAUGGCUCUCAAACUUGGGAUACUGGAAUUGCAGUUCUUGCUGCAAUUGAAACAGGACUUGCAGAUGAUCCAUUAAAUCAUCAGUCAAUGAUACAUGCACUUGAGUUUUUAGAUGAUACACAAAUUAAAAAAAAUCCUAAAGAUUCUAAAAAAAUUAGUGAAAAUGGAUAUCAUGUUUCUGAUUGUUGUGGUUUAGGUCUCGAAGCUGUACUUAAUCUUCAAAACAAACUUAAUUACACACCAAAGUUAGUACCUAAAGAACGACUUUGUCAGACCAUUGACAUAUUAUUAACCAUGCAAAAUUCUGAUGGUGGGUUUUCGAGUUAUGAGCGUAUUAGAGGUCCAAAAAUUAUGGAAUGGUUAAAUCCUGCAGAAAUUUUUAGCGAUGUAAUGAUUGAGCAUAAUUACCCGGAAUGUACAUCUAGUGUUCUAAAUGGUUUACAUACUUUCCGAAAAUGGUAUCCGGAUUAUAGGGCUACUGAGAUAGAACAAGUUACCAAAAGAGCAAUUCAAUACCUAUAUAAUUCUCAAGAUGAAAAUGGUGGUUGGUAUGGAUCUUGGGCUAUUUGUUUCACGUAUGCUACUAUGUUUGUUAUGCAAUGUCUGAAAAAUUAUGGAGAAACAUACGAAAAUAGCCACGUAGUUAAAAAAGGAUGUGACUUUUUAAUUUCCAAACAAAAAGAAGAUGGUGGUUGGGGUGAAUCUUAUAAAUCAUGUGAUGCAGAAACUUAUGUACAACAUGAAAACUCACAAGUCGUAAACACAGCUUUUGCAUUGCUUGCUUUAAUGGCAAGCAAAUACCCAAAUGAGGAGCCUAUUCGACGCGGUAUACAGCUUAUUGUAUCACGACAAUUGCCAACUGGAGAAUGGAAACCAGAAUCUAUAGAAGGAGUAUUUAGUAAAAAUGCUGCAAUUUGUUAUCCAAGUUAUAAAUUUAGUUUUACCAUUUGGGCAUUAGGCAU